AUGGCAGUGCGCGUGCGCCUACUGAGCGAUCGUGACUCCGAGACCACCAGCGUCGUCCUCGUGAUCAUCACGCCCCCGCCCGUGGUAAGGUCGACUACCGCAACGUCGAGGAACCCUACCACGGAGGAAUCUACAAUGGUGCCAACUUUCGCCAUGCUGGGCUCCGAGGAAUGCCCCGGAGUGGUCUACCUCAUGCCCAGCAAGUUGGACCAGCGCGUGGACAAGCUGCGGUCAGAGGGCCAGACAUGCGACGUAGCAGCCACCUAUCUAGAAGUCUACAACAAGGUUUUUCGAGACCUGCUUUGCCUGGACCCUGCCAAGGGCAUUGGAAUAUUGUACCUUACCAUACACAGGGUGAAAGAGGCCGGCACCCUCCUCGAUCUGCUCUUGAAAGGAAACAAGAACCGGACGCAGCAUGCUCCCGACGCUAAUGCUGAGUCUUCAUGGUCGCACGCCAUCUUCCAGAGCUACGCCACAGUGACGGAGAAUGCGACAAGCACGAGCAAGCAAACUCGCGUCUCGAUGUGCUCUGUUGACCUUGCCGGCGCGGAGCGCGCAGCUGCGGCCAGUAGGGACCCAGAGGAUCAGAUUCGCGAGGGUACUAAGCUCAACCUGUCGCUCCUGGCCCUCGGCAACUGCAUCAACGCCCGCCCGAAGAACGGGACGCAGCAAGUGCCGUACCAGGACUCCAAGCUGACCCACAUCCUCAAGGACUCGCUGGGUGGCUCGGGCGACGUCCUUGUGAUUGGGACAGCGACGGCGGUGAAGCUGAACUGGGCGAAAACGUGCAGCACCCUGGAAUAUGCGCUGAGCGGGCCAUGA